GUCAGCAUCACCCCGCUUCAUGCACCGAAUGGAUCCGAGAGUUCACAAGGAGAAAUCAAAGAAAACUGCGGGGAAAAUGUGCUGACACGUACAGGAAUUUUGUGACUCGGCUGUUGUUUUCACUCUCACUGGCCACAGCUUGAUUUUAAAUUUAGUGUCAGCCUGAGCUGCCCCAAAUCCGACCAGGCGGCUUUGGCGACCUUCAAGCUGGCCUGUCACGACUUGAUGUGUAAAGAUGAGGUAAAAUUCCAGCAAUACUCACCGUGUACAUCCAUGUGCGCUAAUCAAACUUAGAUGAUUCAGCGAACGAAUGGAUCGGAAACUCAGCCCUGUGCACCGCAGAAGAGUCUCGAUAUUACUACACUGCAGCACUUCACACUGUCUUUACACCCCAUGUCCCAGUACUCCACGAUGCUUCCGCUUAUUAUGUAUGAUAUCGUCUCCAAUCUACCGGGUAAUCACUUUUCACCCAACCCCGCCAAGACAAGGUUCGUGUUGAGCUACAAGAAUCUCCCAUUCGUGACCCUCUGGGUCGAAUACUCGGACAUCCCCAUCGCUACGAAGGCCAUCGGUGCAAAGCCAAACAAACGCCGGGACGGCUCGGAAGUCUAUACUGUCCCCGUUCUCAGCGAUCCCAACACCGGUGCCCUCAUCACGGACUCGCUCGAAAUCGCAUCCUACCUCGACAAGACAUAUCCCGAGAAGCCCAUCUUCCCAAACAGUUCAGAACCUCUGAUACGCGCGUUCGAACCCGCCUAUUUAAGCCUCCUUCAACAUGCUAUCAAGUUUAUCUUCGUGCGCGCCACAGAAAUAUUGAGUCCCGCCAGUGUAAAGUUCUUCAUUAAAGCUCGUACGGUGGACGUCCCGUUGCCUUGGGAUGUGAACCCUGACGCAGACUGGGAGCUACUAGAGAAGGGGCAUAAUACUGUGUACGAAUGGUACCAGAAAACUGAUGGAAAGUGGAUCAUGGGCGACACUUUUUCGUAUGCAGACAUCAUUGUUGCUUCUUGGCUGCUUUCGUACAAACGAGUGCUGAAGGCGGAUGAGUGGCUCAGGGUCAGUUCUUGGAAUGGGGGGAAGUGGACCCAAGUCCUUGCAGAUGUCGAGAAGGAGUGUACAUUAUCUUAG